CCGGUCCGGUACAGAUGCAACAGUCGGACGCACCGGGACAGUUCCACGUGGUGACGGGAUGGUGGCGCUGCAGAGUGACGUCAUCUCACGGUGUUGGUCAGAGUCGAGCCGCCAGGGGGCGCAACGACCCCGAGGAACUACAGAGCAGAGUACAAAGAGAAAGUCAGAUGUGAGUAAAGCUGAUUGAAAGAGAGGGAGGUGGAGGAAGCAGUGGAGGUGUGUCUGCUCCGCGGCUCGUGGAGGACUGAGGACUGACGACUCUCACCCGGACCUCAGCAGCGGGACCGACCGACCGACCGACCGGACUGAACCAGGCACCAUGAGUCUUGUGUCCGGAGCCGCGCUGCUGCUGCUGCUGCUCGGCCGCUGCUGCUGCACCAGCCCCGGGAGGAGAGUGUGUCAGGGGAUGAGUAACCACCUGUCGUUGUUGGGGACUCGUGAGAAUCACUAUGACAACAUGGUGAGGAUGUACUCCGACUGCUCCCUGGUCCUGGAGAACCUGGAGGUCACGUACACGCUGCAGCAUCAGGACCUGAGCUUCCUCCAGUCCAUCCAGGAAGUGGGCGGCUACGUUCUGAUCGCCAUGAACGAGGCGUCCGUCGUCCCGCUGGUCAACCUGCGGCUGAUCCGAGGUCAGAACCUCUACGAAGGUCGGUUCUCUCUGCUGGUGAUGUCCAACUACAACAGGAACCACUCGUCUGCUACGCUCAACUACACCAGUGGACUGAGGCAGCUGCCGCUCAGCAGCCUGACCGAGAUUCUGAAGGGAGGAGUGAAGAUUACCCACAAUCCUCUGCUGUGCAACACCGAGACCAUCCAGUGGGGGGACGUCCUGGACGAAAGCAAUCCCAGCAUGCUUUUCAAGAACAACUUGUUGUCCGCCCAAAAAUGUGAGCAGUGCGACCCCACCUGUGUUAAUGGAUCGUGUUGGGCAGCAGGUCCAGAUCACUGCCAGACAUUCACCAGGAUGCAGUGUGCCUCUCAGUGCAGUCGAAGGUGUCGAGGCUCCAAACCCGUCGACUGUUGUAACGAACACUGUGCCGCCGGCUGCACUGGACCUCGAGCCACCGACUGUCUGGCCUGCAGGGAGUUCAACGACAACGGCACCUGUAAGAACCGGUGUCCUCCUCCGACGCUCUACGACGUCAAGACCCACCAGGUGGUCAACAACCCCAACGCCAAGUUCACCUUCGGGGCGAUCUGCGUCACGGCCUGUCCACAUAACUACGUGGUGACGGACGGGUCGUGCGUUCGAACCUGCAGAGCUGGAAUGUACGAGGUGGAGGAGGGCGGAGUCCAACGCUGCAAGACGUGUGACGGACCCUGUCCCAAAGCCUGUGACGGCGUCGGCGUCGGCUCUCUGAUCAACGCCAUGGCGGUCAACGCCUCCAACAUCGAAUCCUUCAGGAACUGCACCAAAAUCAACGGGGCCAUCUCGCUCAUCCAGACCUCGUUCAACGGGGACACGCACUACAACGUCCCGCCCAUGGACCCUGCGAAGCUGGAGUACUUCAGGACCGUGAAGGAAAUCACCGGGUUCCUGCUGAUCCAGUCGUGGCCGGAGAGCCUGACCUCCCUGUCCGUCUUGGAGAACCUGGAGAUCAUCAGAGGACGAACAACACACGCGCACCACAGUCUGUUGGUGGUGAGGGCGACGCACCUCCGCUGGCUCGGGCUGCGCUCGCUGAAGGAGGUGAGCGCCGGGCAGGUGAUGCUGAAAGACAACCCGCAGCUCUGCUACACGCGACGCGACCGGUGGCCCCGCCUCUUCAGAUCCGGCGACCAGACCGCCAACAUGCGCAACAACGCGCCUCCCGACGUCUGCAAACAAGAGAAUCGAACCUGUGACCAGGAGUGUACAGACGACGGCGGCUGCUGGGGUCCAGGUCCCACCAUGUGCGUCUCCUGUCGGCACUUUGACCGCAGGGGGCGCUGUGUGGCCUCCUGUAACCUGCUGCAGGGUGAACCCAGAGAGAUGGAGGUGAACAGCAGCUGCGUCGAGUGUCACCCAGAGUGUCUGCUGAGGGCCGGGGUUCCGACCUGCCACGGGCCGGGUUCGGACCAGUGCUCGCGGUGUGCCCACGUGCAGGACGGCCCUCACUGCGUGCCGCACUGCCCCCACGGCGUCCCGGGAGACGGAGACACGCUGGUCUGGAAGUACGCCGACGACGCGGGUCAGUGUCAGGCCUGUCACCAGAACUGCAGCAACUGGUGUUCGGGACCCGGACUGUCGGGAUGCUCGGGUGCUGACGGCCACUCCAUGCUGGCGGUGGGCGUGGUCGGUGGACUCCUCGUCGUCGUCAUCGUGUCGUUGGUCGUCUUCGUGUUGACGCGCCGGCGACGCAUCACAAGGAAGAGGGCUCUGCGGCGCCUGCUGCAGGAGAGAGAGCUGGUGGAGCCGUUGACUCCGAGCGGCGAAGCUCCGAACCAGGCGCUGCUGAGGAUCCUGAAGGAGACGGAGCUGAGGAAGCUGCGGGUCCUCGGCUCCGGGGCCUUCGGCACCGUCUUCAAGGGUCUGUGGGUUCCUGAAGGAGAGAACGUGAAGAUCCCAGUCGCCAUCAAAGUUCUCAGAGAAGCAACGUCACCGAAAGCCAACCAAGAAAUCCUGGAUGAGGCGUACGUCAUGGCAAGCGUGGAUCACGCUCACGUGUGUCGUCUGCUGGGAAUCUGCCUGACGUCGUCGGUCCAGCUGGUGACCCAGCUGAUGCCGUACGGCUGCCUGCUGGACUACGUGCGACACCACAGGGACCACGUCGGGGCCCAGUGGCUGCUGAACUGCUGCGUCCAGAUCGCCAAGGGGAUGAGCUACCUGGAGGAUCGUCACCUGGUCCAUCGAGACCUGGCGGCGAGGAACGUCCUGGUGAAAUCUCCCAACCACGUGAAGAUCACCGACUUCGGCCUCGCCAAGCUGCUGACGGCAGACGAGAAGGAGUACCACGCUGACGGAGGGAAGGUUCCCAUCAAGUGGAUGGCGUUGGAGUCGAUCCUCCAGUGGACGUACACGCAUCAGAGUGAUGUGUGGAGCUACGGCGUGACCGUGUGGGAGCUGAUGACCUUCGGCUCCAAGCCGUACGACGGGAUCCCGGCUGGCGAGAUCACCUCGGUGCUGGAGCGAGGAGACCGGCUGCCGCAGCCGCCCGUCUGCACCAUCGACGUCUACAUGAUCAUGGUGAAAUGUUGGAUGAUCGAGCCGUCCAGUCGGCCAAGGUUCAGAGAGCUGACGCUGGAGUUCUCCAAGAUGGCCCGAGACCCGUCCAGAUACCUGGUCAUACAGGGCGACCUGCCCAGUCCGUCAGACAGCAGGUUCUUCUCUCGCCUGCUGAGCUCCGACGACACCGACGACGUGGUGGACGCUGAAGAAUAUCUGAUGCCUUUCAAAGGACUGGGUAACCAUGACAACCGCCGCUGCAUCGCCACGAACGGUCGCCCGCUCAGACAGAACAGCAUCGCUCUGCGUUACAUCAGCGACCCGACCCACAGCGCUCUGGACUGUGGCGACCUCACCGGCCACGACUACAUGAACCAGAGUGUGAGUGAAACCAGCUGCAGCAGCAGGUUGUCGGAGGUUCUAAACCCCAACUACGAGGAUCUGAGCCUGGGCUGGGGCUCCGUCCCGCGGGGGGAACUGAAGCCCAACAGCCGAGUUCCGGAGGGACAAGAGUACCUAAACACCGCCCAGAACUCGCUCCCCCUGGCCGCCGCCGACAGCCUCGACAACCCCGACUACCAGGCCGACUUCCUGCCGCAGGCUGACCCCGCCUCUUUCACCCGUAACGGUGUGUUCCUCCCGGCAGCGGAGAACCUGGAGUACCUGGGCCUGGACACCGUGCUGCACGCUCCCGUCCACUAGAGGGCAGCAACACCCACACGCCGUGGGGUCGAGUGGAAACAGAACGGGGCCGCCGUCGACCGUAUUUCAUUUAGCCGUUUGCACGUCACGUUCUCAGUCUGCAGCAGAACUGAACCUGCACACUGUGUGUUGCUCAGCGGCACUCUGGCAGCCACAUACAGGGAUACCCAUGACGCUUCAUCCGUCUUGGUCUCAGACCCGACAGACGAUACAGACUUCAGAGGUGCGAUGACACGAGUCCCUGUGAUUCGUUCCAACUUGUCGUCACGAAUCAGUUGGUUGAUGCUAAAAACACAAACACUGGAAAUAAAAUCUGGAUUUUAAUCAACAAACUGUUCGGGGUUUGAAAAUGUUCGGACACUCAUCGUGUUUUAAGAAAGAAAUGUGAAAUGUAGCAUCUUUAAAUUAAGUUUCAUAGAAAAAGUAAUGAUUUUUGUGAUCUCGAUGAUAAUAUUAAUGACUGUAAGAGGACGGUGGCGCCCCCAACUGGUGGUGCAGAUCUCAGAGUAAAUCCAGCGCAACAGAACCUGGAACUUGAAGCACAUUCGACAUAAUCUCUGCACUACGGCUUCAAAUCUGUGACUGUACAUAGAGACGACGACACGUCUCCACUUCCUCCUGCUGCAUAAACAAGACAUGAAUCUAAAAUAUAUCAACAAACAUGAACCCUGUUUAGCUUUUAUAACCAGUAUAUAAACAUAUGAUGGUUAAUAACACACAUUAAUACGUGUUUAAAUAUUUAUUAAUGUUCACCUUUUGUUUCAACUCCUCGUAUGAAGACAUCUUUUCAGCAGCUUCUAAUUAUAACUGAUGAAAUAUAUUUGGCUGACCAACACUUGUACAUCUGUAACACUAUACAGUUAUAAGGUGUAGCCUACAGUAUAUGUUUCAUACUUAUAGAAAAGCUAAACAGGGUCAAGUGUUUUUCUUGUAAAUGAGAAACGCAUUAUUUUAUCUUGUUGAUAUUUUGGGGUUUUAAUCUUCUUAUGUGUUUUUUCGUGUCCACAGAAGAAAAGAAGAAAGUUAGAGGCGACAGUUCGUGUUCAGAAACUCCGGAGUGAAAAUGAACGUUUCUGUUCACGUGCUUUGUAAUUUUCACUAAGAACUAAAAAGACUGAAUGUUUUCAGUCUGUUUCUCCUGUUCGCAGUUAAACUUUCUGUUUCACACAACUUGAAUACUUCAGUUUCGUUUCCUUUUACAUGUUUACGAGUUUUAAUGAUUUGAUUUUAUUUUCAUUUACUUGACAAUAACGAGCCAAACCCUGAUUCACCGUCACUGCUGUAAAUUGAUGUUCGGAGGCUGAGCGGCGGCAGAUCAUUCACCAGGUCCAGGACGUCCACUUAGAGCCCCAGUGUGUAAUACGUGUACUUCUCUGGCGCCAUCUGGUGGUAAAGUUCCGAACCGCAACCAACUGAGCGACCGACAGGGGGACACUUUAUGGUGGCGCGCCGCUGGUUCCAUUUCCGGUUUCUGUCAGCGUCUGAUAAUAAACCAUAGAAACAUGGAGACUCACAACGAGGUCGGUCCACCGACUAUAUGAACUAUAUUUAAUUCUUAUAUGGACAGAGUUAAGGACAAUAUAUUCAACUUCUAUGAAUAAGUUCUUCUGAAUAUUACACACUGUAGCUUUAACGUCAGUGACUCAGACUGUGAAUCCUGAUUCUGAGGAAACGGUUUGAAAAUAAUUGAUUAAAUUAAAAAAAACUUGAAGAAGCAAAAUGUUUUCUUGAUAAGACGAUUUCCGUCCUGAUGUUGCGAUGAUCGACGUCCGCUCUCAGCUUCCGUAGAAAAUCACUGAAUGUCCACACGAGUGUUGUGUUGUUGUUGUUGUUGUUGUUGUUGUUGUUGUUGUGUUUGUAGCAUUUGAGCUGUAACUGUUGUUCAAUGUUAAAGUAGCUGUGGAGCCACAGGUGGUUUACAGGGCGGAGCUACAACCUGCUGAUGCAGCCGCUCUUCUAUUGGUUGUAUAGUUUCACGUUAUUGUGGGAUUAAUAUGUGUUGACGAUAUUAAUCUGGAGAACAAAACAAUUGGUUUGUUAACAUUUGCAGCAGGAUUAGUCUGGUCAACAGGAAAUAGAAAUGUGUACGGGUUGAACAAAGUGAGACUGAAACUAUUUUAAAUUAAAAGUCUUUUUUUAAAAGGCAGAAAAUCCUUUGUUUUCUUUUCCUUGUUAUUCAAAUUCAGAAAUAAAUCAUGUGACCAUCCUGAUUAAACCUGUUUCAUACGAA